AUGGACGAUUUGUCAUCAGGUUUGCCGUCAGACUAUAUCUACAAACUUCUUCAGUUUACACCGCGGCAACACCAUGAUGUCUAUCCCGCCAUCGAUCCUUCAAACCCGGAGCUGUCUUUGGCUGGCAAGGUGGUGUUGGUGACAGGCGCAAGCCGGGGCAUUGGCGCUAAUGGAAUUGUGCCUUCAUUGGCCAAAGCUGGUGCCGCGGGCAUUGUGCUUGUCGCGACCAACGCCGAGAAACUCAAGGCGGUUGAGCUCGCCGUCCGCGACAUCAACCCCAGCACGCGCGUCCUCGUUGCGGCUGCCGAUAUCAGCAACGAGCAGUCCGUUGCUUCUGUGUUCAAGAGCGCGACGGAAACAUUUGGCCGGGUCGACAUCUUGGUUCACAACGCCGGGGUCAUGAACCAGAUGAGCAAUAUCCACGAGGAAGACGCUACGGCGUUUUGGAAGCAAUACGAAAUCAACACCUUUGGAACGUUCCUCGUGGCCCAGUAUUUCAUCAAGUCUCUCCCCUCUCCGGAGUCGCCGGGGGUCAUCCUCUACAUCGGCACCGCGGCGUCGUGGGCAAGAAACUCCUCCUUCGCCGGCUACAGCGGCAGCAAGCUCGCGGCGCAGAAGCUCAUCAGCGACAUCGCCUCGGGCUACCCCAACAUCACGGCGAUCUCGGCAAGUCCCGGCCUGGUCGAGACGGACAUGCUCCAGCUCCGUGGCUUCGACGUCUCUACCCCACAGCUCGUUGGUGGCGCGGUCGUCUGGCUGAGCGGGGACAGGGCCAGGUUUCUCAGUGGCCGCGCGAUCUCCGUCGAAUGGGACCUCGAGGAUCUUGUGGCGAGAAAGGACGAGAUAGUGAAGGAGGACUUGCUCAUUAUGAGAAUGGCGGGAAAAUUCGGCCAUGAGCAGUUUGCUUGA